AUGAAUGGUGACGUUCAGAAACAAAUCAAAACGUUUGAGAAACUUAAUGAAAUCAAUCAGAAAUUUACAACAAGUGCAAUUGUCAAUGUUUCAAAUGAUCCUCAAUUGAUGGGUUUACAUGAACAACACGACUGGCAGCGUUAUGAAUUAUUUCGAAAAUAUGAACAAUUUAUGCCGAAUAAGAUCAUCUCUCCAAUCAUGCCUCAAUCGUCGUGUUCAUCUGCAACGUCAUUCGAACCGAAUAAUACGCCAAUCGAUCAUCCUGAUAGCCAAGAAAACCAAGUCGAAUCGCCAAUAAACGAUAUUAGUGAAGAUCUACGACUACUGACUGAACAACGCAUACCGGAUUUAUGCAUUCUUGACGACGAACCGAUGGAAUUUCGAAAUAAAACAAAAUUCUAUUGUACAAUAAAUGACAUUCUAACAAGCGACGGCGAAUUUUGGGCCGAACGAGAAUUAUCAUCUGAAAACGAGCGAAAAUUCCAUCAAUUUAUUGAAAUUCUUGCCCUGUUUGCAAAUAACUAUGAAUCAUUACGAGAGGUUUACAUCGGUCAACUAGUUGCAUUACAAUACGAAUCGGCAUGGCAUCGAGCAUUAGUCGUAUCGAAGAGCGAUGAAAUAACAAUCACAAAACAACCCAGUGCACGUGUCCGAUUAGUUGAUUAUGGUGCAUCGUUGUACGUGAAUGUUUCACAAUUGAAAUGGUUGCCUGAACAAUUUUACUUGUUUCCUUUCAAAGCCGUGGAAUGUGUUUUUAGUGAAGCAAUUAAACCAACGUUUUCCGAUACAGUCCGUUUGACAUUUAAACAACUUGUCAUGCAUAAACGUUUACGAGCUACUGUGUAUGAUAGAGAUGGUACUCGUAUAUGUGUUUUGUUAAAAUGUAAAACCGACGAAGGAAUCAUCAAUGUUUAUCGUUAUCUACGUGCUCAUGAACAUAAAUCAAAACGUGGUCGAAUGCUUGAUGAUGGUGAUAUUGUUCAAUGUUUGCAUAAUACUAUUUUUAACAAUAGUAAUGUAUUUGAACAGACGACAGUAUCGAAUCGAUCAAUGAAUACGACAAUGAAUUUGACACUGCCAAUCUUAUCACCCCCGUCGCCAAUUCAAUUAACACGUGAUCAAGUGGAAUUACGACGUGAAGAAAUCAAAAAGAUUCUUCGCGAUUCUCCAGAUGAAAUCAAUGAUAUUACAACUAACAUUCCAGAUAACAAGAAGAUAUUCAUCUCAUCCUCACAGAGUACACCCUACUCUGCUGCGACGAUUAUUACUCCAUUGUCUCGUUUAUCCUUCACUCAACAAUGA